AUGUCGCUGUUCGGGUCAGGGAACAAUAAUCAGCAAGGAUCUGGUUUCGGCGGGUUUGGCUCGGGCAACACCAAUACAGGAGGCUUUGGUUCCAAUAACACUACGAACACGACAUCCCUUUUCGGAGCACAAAAUAAACCAGCUUUCGGAUCCACUACGAGCGGUAGCGGUGGCGGUGGCCUUUUUGGGAGUGGUACUGCGACUACCGGAAAUUCAGGAGGCUUUGGCGCGUUUGGUAGCAACAACAAUAAUAACCAGAACACUGGCGGCUUAUUCGGAUCUACCACCACCAGCAAGCCAGCUUUUGGAGGUGGGUCAACAGGUGGUGGUCUCUUUGGCAGCCCAAACACCGGAUUUGGAACAACAAAUAAUCAAUCGACUGGCGCUUUCGGGUCGGCGCCGUUCGGUCAAGGAAAUGCAACAUGUGAAGGCACGGGUAGCACACCGUUCUCGGCGUAUACUGAAAAGGAGGGUACAUCAAACAUCACAAAUCAUUAUCAAAGCGUCAGCUUUAUGGCUCCGUAUAAAAACUGGUCUUUUGAGGAGCUAAGACUAGCAGAUUAUAACGGAGGUAGACGGCACGGCAACGGUAGCGGCCAAGCUGGAGCAUUCGGCUCCACUAAUUUCGGAGCGUUUGGACAGCAGAACAAUACCUCGGGAGGGUUUGGCCAGCCUACCACCACCUCGGCGGGUGGGAUCUUCGGCAACACCACCACGCAAGCCCCGUCUGGCUUUGGUACCCAACAAACUUCUUCAUUUGGCGGCAACAACAACUCCUCAAGCACAGGCCUCUUCGGUGCUCCGAAACCCGCUGGUAGCGGGCUUUUUGGCAGCACGACCUCUGCUGGCACAAGUGGUGGUCUCUUCGGUACAGCUGGCGGAUCGGGGACAUCCGGGACUGGAUUUGGUUCCGGCGGGGCCACUAAUGGCCUCUUUGGACAGCAGAAUAACCAGCAACAGAAUAAGGGCCUUUUCGGCAGCACUGGUGGCGGAGGAUUUGGCUCAAAUACGGGAUUCGGCAGCACAAAUACACAGACGGGAACUAAUGCUUUUGGCUCGGGAACUCAGAACAACAGCAGCCCUUUCGGCCAAUCGAACAAUACACAGGCCUCAAAUCCGUUUGGUGCUUUCACCCAGCCCAACCAAACGCAAAAUCAGCCGCAAAAUCAGACGCAAAAUCAGACCAGCACAUCGAAUCCCUUUGGCGCAUUUGGUGCGCAGAAUCAAGAGCAGAAACCAGGAGGAAUCUUUGGCAAUCCCUCUACUACCAACACGAAUACUGGUGGCGGCAUAUUCGGCCCGCAAACUAAUAACAAUCAAGCUAGCGGUGGCCUGUUCGGCCAGUCUGGCACUAACCAGAACAGCGGAAGCUCCUUAUUCGGUCAGAAACCUGCUACUGGAGGUGGUCUUUUCGGGCAAGCGAACAAUAACACUGCCAACACUGGUAGCGGCCUCUUCAGCGGAUUUUCGAACCAACCCCAAAAUCAGCCACAGCAAAGCCAAGGAGGGGGCUCUUCGGCGCCAACAACAGCCAACAAAAGCCUGGUGGGCUUUUCGGUAGCACAAAUUCCAAUACUGGAGGAGGCUUGUUCGGGUCCACUAAUACCGCAAACAAUCAGCCAGGCGGUGGUGCAGCAACAAACCACAGGCGGCGGUGGCCUUUUCGGCAAUAACACAAACAACAACGCCGGGUCUAGCUUGUUCGGCAGUUCACAGCAGCAGCAACAGCAACCGAACCCCCCCAAUCAAUUCCAACCUGCCCAAACACUUCACACUUCGAUCGUUGACCCAAAUGCCUUUGGCAGUCCUUCGAUAUUCUCUGGUUUACCGCCCCCGCCUCAAGUUUCCGGUCCCAUUGCCACGCCGAUCAGUCAGAAACCGAAACAAAAGAAAAGCGCGCUUCUCCCAUACUAUAAAUUAACCCCAAAUGGAGCUUCUUCUAGGUUUCAAACUCCAUCAAAGCGUGGCUAUGGAUUCAGCUAUUCUACUUAUGGCACGCCAGGAAGUGCUUCUUCCAAUGCCAGUACUCCCGGCGGCCUCGGUGGUAGCCUACUCUACAGCAGCGUGGGUCGUGGUUUAGGCAAAAGCCUGUCAACCAGCAAUCUGAGAGGCAAUUAUGGUGAUGCUGAUAGCAUUCUUACACCGGGAGCGUUUUCCGCGAACAGCUCCCGAUAUGGUGGUGCGGGAAGUAUGAAGAAACUAACAAUUGACCGAAGCCUGCGUACAGACCUCUUUGGAGAUAAGGGAAACUCGGCUGCGCUUCCUAGUCCUGAAAAGGAGCGUCAGUCUGGCAUACUGAAGAAAAAGGUGAGCUUUGAUGCAAGCACUGUGGGAGGAAAUGGUGAACAGACGAAUGGGGUCUACGUCAACGGUGCGGUAAAUGGUUCAUCGAGCAAUACCGCUGGGCCAAGUACAGACGAUCAAGGCAUUCCUCAAACACCGAGGAGUCAAAGUAAGCCAAAGUCUAACGCUGCACCUCAACAGCUGGAAAUGGAGCAAGUCAGGGGUAACGAACUUGCGAUCGUUCCUGAAGAUGAAGCGCCCGAAGCAGCGAGCGCAGCCCCACAACGGGCGUCAGUGCCUAAACCUCAGGAAGAUCAGGAACCGGGCGCAUACUGGAUGAAGCCUACGAAAGAGCAGAUCCAGAAGAUGUCUAAAGAGCAACGAAGUGAGAUUUCAGGUUUCGUAGUCGGACGCCAAGGGUGCGGGAAGGUUGAGUUCAACAAACCGGUUGAUCUCAGCAAUAUCAAUCUCAACGAUAUCUUUGAUAACAUAGUUGUCAUCGUCGUUAGGACCUUGACGGUCUAUCCAGAAACGACUCAGAAACCUCCCCUCGGUAAGGGUUUAAACGUGCCUUCAACGCUCUACCUAGAGAACUCUUGGCCUCGACAGCGAGACCGGGUUUUGCCAAGAUACGAGAAGAAUGGCCGCCAUUUCGACAAGCAUGUUGAGCGUCUUCGCCGCGUAGGAGACACUACUUUUGUCCGCUACGAGAGAGACACUGGAACUUGGAUUUUCAAAGUGCCGCACUUUACAACUUACGGAUUCGACUAUGAGGAUGACACGAGUGACAAUGAGAGUUUGCACUUGAACGACAGCGUUAUGACAGAGCCUCCCGAGACCCCCACACCCAAAUCCCGUACUGCCAGUGGGCCAACACCGAAAUUGCCCAAAGCGAGCCAGCAUGCGCCUACCAAGAUGAAACGGGCAUUUCAGCCAGAUGAAGCCGCUGAGCCUAUUAAUGGAAGAUAUCUUCCCGGGGCUUUCGAAGAUGUGGCUCUGAAUGAUAUGGAUGGGCUCAAUGUGGAGAUGGAAGAAAUCGAUGACGAGGAGUUUCUCUCCGAUGAGCGCUCGGCUGCCUCGCCUUCGGAGAGUGGCGGAGAUGAGCCGAGCGAUAUUGAAAUUACAGAAGGUGAAAUUAACGGUCAGUCUGUCGGUGUGAGGGAUGAAAAUCAGGAUUUGGAAAUGGCAGGAACAUUUCCAGAAUUGGAGAAGGAUCAGCCAGACCUGGGCGGCGAGAAAGCUGUAUUGGACGUGAGUGGAGACUGGGCCUACGACCUUCAGCAAACCAUCCGUCCAAGAAAACAGGAUCGACAAGCUUUACGCACAGCGCAGACGCAACAGGUCAAGGACAAGAAUGUGCAGACAAGCUCAAUUACAGACGCAAGCGCCCGACCAGCGUUCGCCACGAGUAUAGAUCUUAUGAACUCGCUGUUCGGGCAAUCGCCACCAAAAGGAGAGAAGCCAUUCGGAAGUCUAGGGCAAAAGGGCGUCAAGGUGUGA